AUGUUCUUCAUAAAGGAGCUCGAAAAGACUAUCACACUGCACCCAUCGUACUUCGGGCCGAUGAUACGGGCGCAUCUACACAGGGAGCUUCUUUCGAAGGAAGAGGGCUCAAAUACGGGGUCCUUCACCAUUGUGUGCAUUUUGGACUCGUUCGAUAUCUCUGACGGACAAGUCGUACCUGGGUCCGGCUCCGCUGAGUACACAGUGCACUACAAGGCUAUCGUUUGGAGGCCGUACAAGGGAGAGGUCAUGGACGGUAUCGUGACCUCUGUCGUCCGGUCCGGCUUCUUUGUCAGCUGUGGCUCCUUGGAGGCAUUCGUGAGUCGCGCGAUGAUCCCGUCUGAGAUCAGGUAUGAUGCCAACGCAACGCCGCCGCAUUGGACGGACAACGCCGACCAGGUCAUCGAGAAGGGUACCAACGUACGCAUCAAGAUCAAGGGUGUGCGUUCUGAGGUCGACAGACAGUUCGCCAUCGGAACUAUGAAAGAGGACUACCUUGGCCCUCUACAGCAAUGA